CGCUGCUGCUGGGAAUACUGUAAUAGACUUGACAGGUCCUGAUGUAGGCUGUUCAUUAGCAGACCGGACUUAGCUCACCACAAUUAAAUUAGAGCAAUUAAAGAGAGCGGUGAAAAGAUCGAAUCAGUAAGGACUUUUGCUUUCGAGUGGAUGAUCUCUUGAUGCCUCCAAAUAAAUCGCACGCCAGAGUGCAGGAACCAACCGUGCGUAUAUUUUAAUCAUGACAUUAAGUUUUUCGUCCUUCUCCAUUAAGGACAUCCUCACCAUUAGUGAUGCCAGGAGGAAGCCUGUCGCGAGGUGUACAGAGGGGCUGUGCGGACCAAAGCACAACAUCUGCACCGGGCACGCUGGAGCCCCUGAUCUGUCUCAUCAAGACGCGGAUGAGAACCGCAUCCACUCGGAGAGACUUAGCGCUGAUCUCAGUCUGUCUGCCCGAUCUGAUACCUACAGCGAGGAGUCCACAGGAGAGGAGACUGAGCACAAAGAAGGCGCCGCAGACCAGCAACCACACAGCGAGGAGCGGGGUAGAUGGCAGAAGAAGGAGGCAGAGGAGGAUAUGGAGGAGGAAUAUCACCACAGCGGGGAGACGGUCAGCUGUUCCCCCGAGGAGCGGCAGUCCAGGUCCGGUACCAAGAAGCGCUCCAGGGCGGCCUUCUCUCACGCACAGGUCUACGAGCUGGAGCGCCGCUUUAACGCGCAGCGGUACCUUUCAGGACCUGAACGGGCAGAUCUGGCGGAAGCUCUGAAACUCACAGAGACCCAGGUGAAAAUCUGGUUCCAGAACCGGAGAUAUAAAACCAAACGGCGCCAGAUGGCCGCCGAGCUGGCGGCGUGCAGCGGCUCGCCAAAGAAAGUAGCAGUUAAAGUGCUGAUGAGGGACAGUCCGUACCAUCAGGCGAAUGGAGUACACAUCCCAGUGUCUGUGCCACUGUACCACGCCUACCAGUACCCCUACCUGCACUACUGCUGCCAGCCCUGGACCAUGAACAGCAUGUCUUGUGGAGGGAUGCUCUGAAGCCCUCUCUUUACUCCAGAGAAUACAUGACUUGAAGUGUCUCCUCCAACUCAAGGUGUUAGCUGUCUGUACAGUCAGUGGAUCUUCUCUGUCAAACUGACUGAGUUUGUACAGUUUUUUUCUAUUAUGUUUUUUUUUUUUUUUUUAACUAAGCCAGUUUAGCAUGCUUUUUCUUUUUAAUGCAAAACAAUAUCAGAAUUUGACCUGCUAGUUAGAGUUCAUAGAAUGCAAAUGUCAUUCAACAUUUAGAGAGGAAAGAAAAAAUAAUAAACCAUUUUAAAGUUAGAAAUCUUUGGAAUUUAAGACCAAGAUUUGAGUGUGGUUAUUAUUUUGCGAUGAUUUACAAGAAGAAAAUAUAUUUUAAAGGAUAAUGUUGACAAAAACGGUUCUGCUGUAUUUUUCAUCCACCAAAUGCUGUGUAGGUUUCUCUUAAUCUUAUUUUCUAUCUAUUUUAUUUAAUAAUAUAUGUAUCUUUUUAAGAAAAAACUUCUACGUGACUGUACAGAAAAUGGGAGGUUUGUUUAUUUCUUUUGUUAACUAAGGCGAGGGUAGUCUGACUUGGGAGAGCAGACGAGGGUCUUUUUAUAUUUUAACAACCAGAUUUUACAUUUUCACAUUCCCUUGCAAGAUUAUUAAAAAACAAAAAGGUGCAAAUAGUUGCAAAUGAUGGCCAUAUAGUGUGGCAGUGGGUCAUAAAGGUGUGUUUUGCUGUAGCCUAUACAGAAGACAAUGAUCUUGUCUCUGUUUCAGGCAUUUACCACACUUAAUAUUAUCUGCCAAAUGUAAUUUCCUCCUUCACUUUCUUCUGCAUCAUAACAAAAAGAAAGUUAUGUUUGCCAUAAAUUUGGAGAUCACUUAUUCUGCCUCUAAUCAUUGUAUUCCAUAAAUAUUGAUCACUCCA